AUGAAAGUGAACAGAAUAGUAAAACCCGCGUCACAUGAAAAACGGUAUGAUCUUAGGACUGCCGACUGGGAUCUGUUUCACGCCACGCUCCUUAGCGAAAUUGGAAGCAUCGCAGAAUGUUCCAUUGAAUCCUCGGCUUUAGGCAUUAACCGUGUGCUGGCAACUGCUGCUGAUCGUGCGAUCCAGCGCAAAAAACCGAGUGGAAACCAAGGUAGGAACAUCUGGUGGUCACCCAUAAUCUCUACGCUCCGACAAACCCUUGUCCGUAAGAGACGAGAAGGACUCAGGAGUAGUGACAGACUUGCGUAUAACAGUUUACGGAAUGAAUUCCUGACUGCAAUUAGAAAUCAUAAAUCAGCCGCUUGGAAGUGCUUUGCGGAUGGACUGAACGCUAACCCAUGGUGCAAAGCAUUCAAAUGGGCAAAGGGUAGCUAUAGCACGAAUAAUAUGCCCAGCUCCAAGACAAAGCCAGACGGAUCUCUCACAACUGACUGCAGUGAGACGGCCGAACUCCUGCUGGAUACCUUCGUACCCGCAGAUCCCGAUCUGGCACGUAGCGACAUGGAUCUUCACGGGCCUACACUAAUUAGGGAACCUCCCGGCCCAGAUGAAAUAAAAGCCGCCAUAUGGCGCAUGCGGCCCACCGGAGCACCUGGCGCAGAUGGCAUUACCGCAGCCUUACUAAGGAAUGCGUGGCCAGCUCUACGUGAUCAUAUCACUAAUCUAUUUGGCAGAUGCCUUCAAGAUGGAACAUUUCCUGACUGCUGGAAAGUCGCCAAGCUAGUCAUUAUCCCCAAACCGGGUCGGUCAGACCCUUGUAAUGUAAAGUCCUUUAGACCCAUUAGCCUACUUCCAGCACUGGGCAAGGCAUUGGAAACUCUUAUAAUUAAAAACAUAGGACUGGAGACCAACUUAGACUCCUUUGCAGCACAGCACGGCUUCACUGUUGGCAUAUCCACAGUUAGUGCUCUGAGCAGUGUACACGAGCGAAUCGAUGCGUCCAAAUCCAGACACAUUUUCGGGACAUUCCUCGAUAUCACGGGCGCAUUCGAUAACGUCAGAUGGUCUCCUCUGCUCACUCAAAUGCAGAGUCUCGGCGCCUCGCUCGACACUUGGAAAAUCGUAAAAUCGUACCUCCGCAACAGGUGGGCAGUCCUGGAACUUGAAGGCAUCCACUAUCGGAGGAUGCUCGCUAGGGGAUGCCCUCAGGGGUCUCAACUUGGUCCGACCCUUUGGAAGAUUGCUAUGACUCCAAUAUACGGCAAAAUACCAGAAACUAGUACAAUGAAAAUUGUCACAUACGCUGACGACAUUCUCUUAAUGGUUGGUGCCGCUAGGCCAAAGACGGCUUUCCAGCGUAUAGAAAGAAAUUUGGACAUUCUCAAUGAUUGGGCCUUCACGUUUGGCCUCGAGUUCUCCGCCAGCAAAAGCCAACUUCUCUCCCUCAAAGGCGGCUUGAAACCUGGCUACAGUGUACGCUUUGGCACGAGAGCAGACGCUCCUAUGAUAAUGUCCACGGCCACGGCCAAAUACCUCGGAGUUUACCUUGACCCGAGACAGAGCUUCUGGGACCACAUUGAAUAUGUGAGCAAAAAAUCUAAGAACAUGUACUGUCGGAUGAGACGACUCCGCUCCUCGAACUGGGGCAUGGGACAACUUGCGGCCAGGACCAUUUACAGAGGCGUUUUCCUACCCCGUGUCACCUACGCCGCUGAGAUAUGGGCUUCAGGGACUAAACUUGAAAAAAGCAAAAAGAAUAUUGCUCAGCGCACAGAGAGCUCCCCUCUUGGCCAUGACCGGUGCCUACAACACCGCGUCAACGAACUGCCUUCCAGCAGUUGCAGGCACUAUGCCCCUUGA